AUGGGUAUCUUGUUUGGACAUGGUGGCCAUCGGAGUGGUCCCAGCCAUCUAGGACUGAUUUGCAGUGAGAACCACGAAGGAAUCGUCCCAAGCACGCUACGACUGCUCCCUGACCUUCAAAGCGUCUCAUGGACGCAGGUACCAAUCAGCAACUUGAGAGCACUUGAUUUGGAUGCCACCUUCCGACUGAAUCAUGGAGACGACCUACCCAUCGCGAGUUCAAAUAGGGUUAUCAAUGGACAGCAUAGACCUCCCUUGGAAGAGGAAGCAACGCGUAUCGCGGAUUCCUGGAAAGGACCGCAUUCAUGCGAGGAGAGAUACUGUGUGUGGUCAAAUACCGGCUUCUCUGGUCAGGGGAUGAGUAUCGUGACGACGAUGGCAAAUCACCAACGAGUGGAACGACUGCCCAAGGUAACUGCGAGGCUCGAAGGCGCAUCUUCGCAUUUCCUCCUCGCAGCAGUGCCAGGAAAAGGACUCGGUCUUAUAGCAACGAGAAAGAUCCGCCGGGGCGAACGAAUCAUGGCUGUGCAGCCCGCUAUACUUGUUCAUCUGAAAUUCAUUGAAGAGUCCGAACUGGAGGACCAGUACCGCUUACUCGAGUUGGCCGUGAACAAGUUGCCGACAGCGAGAAAAGACAGCUUCAUGGCGCAGGCCGGUGAUCUCGGCGGCCAUCGGAUCAGCGACGUCAUAUUCACCAAUUCUUUCCAGAUGAGUCUUGGGGAAGAAGACGGCUUCCACUUGGGCAACUUCCCCGAAGUAUCCCGCUUCAAUCACGACUGCCGGCCCAAUGUGGCCUUCUACAUUGACAACAACCUGACGCAUCACACACACGCCGUACGGGAUAUCCACCCAGGCGAGGAGCUAAGCAUCUCGUAUCUGGACUCUUUCCAAGCCAGAUCAGUCCGUCAGGAGCGAGCUCGUGCAUCGUGGGGGUUUUCCUGCAGUUGCUCGCAGUGCAGUUUAUCCAAGACGGAAGCCGAUGCCUCAGAUGCGCGGUUGUUCUCCAUCUACCAGAUCGAGAACGAGAUAUCCGACUUUAGCAACCAGGAGGCAUCGCCGGCACUAGUCGAGCGGCUGAUCUCGCUGUACCGGGAGGAAAGGCUCGAGUUCAGGAUUGCGGGUGCGUACACGAUUGCCGCGCUGAAAUACAACUUGUUCGGGAAGGCGAAGCUGGCCAAGAAGUAUGCGGAGCUGGCGGUCGAAGCUGGCAUCAUUGAGAAUGGGCCGGACGCAGCUGAUGUGCGGGCGAUGCGGGAGCUGGCAGAUGAUCCCAAAGGGCAUUGGUCUUGGAAUCAAAAGCCACGCAGAUAAUUUGCGUAUUGUAUAAUUGAGUUUUGCUGGCAUGAUUACAAGAUGGUGGC